AUGAAAGCCCAGCUAGCAUUGUUUUUAUCCCUAGCCGCAGCUGGUUACUGCUUCCCUUCCGGGGAUAUAACAAAUUCAGCCUGUAGCCCUAACCCAUGCUUCAACGGUGGAACGUGUAUUGAUAUGGGCUUGAUGUACAUGUGUGUCUGUAAUCCAGACUACGUGGGAACGCAAUGCGAAACCCCUGAUGACCCGUGUGCGUCUAAUCCUUGUCGUAAUGGUGCGCUGUGCUUCCGUCAGGAUCAGCGGGGAACCAGUGAUCGGACAUUUCACUGCUUAUGCCAAGGGGACUUCACCGGCACCUUCUGUGAUCUGCAACUCUUGAAGUCGGCAUGUGAUAAUAAUCCAUGUCAAAAUGGCGGUGUUUGCGAGCCCAGCACGGACUCAGAACCAGGCUACAUUUGCCGUUGUACCAACUUCUACGGCGGAACUAACUGUCAAAUAUUACCAUGCGAUAUGAAUCCAUGCCAGAAUGGUGGCGAGUGCUUCUCUGGCUUCAGGAACAGAGGUGACUUCAUGUGUAGGUGCCCCGAAGGUUUAAGGGGUCCCAACUGCGAGAUCAACGAUCCAUGCAUGGAUAACCCAUGUGGAGAAGGAAACAUGUGCAAGCCUGGAAGGAAUGGAAGCUUCAGCUGUAUGUGUUCUUGCUACCCUGGAGGCACCUGUCAAUCUCGGCCGACUGAAGGAAAUGGAGAGACCGAUGGGGAAGGCCCAGAUGGAGUAGCAACUACGACAGACAAUCCUGAUGGUGAAAUGGACAGCGGUUCACCUGGAGCUGAAUCUGCAGGUGGCACAGGGGACAGCGGUAACUCGGUUGGUGAGAAUUCCAUUCCACAAGUUAGUGGAGGUGGCUCAAGUAGUUUAAACCCAUCAUCAGGAUCACAUGCAAUGCCCCAUGACUCCAGACCAUGCUUUCAGAUGAUGCAAGAAACAAAUAACUGCAACAACCAUGGGUACUGCCAUGAAGACAGCACAGGGGCGAUCUGUCGAUGCCACGAAGGGUUUAUGGGUGUAACUUGUGCGCAGGCUAUCGGUAGUCCACAAGACGAUUCAAAUGGCGUCUCUGAUUCCAACAGAGGUUCCGAUGCAGGCCCAGAAAGCGGUAGUGUUGGUUCUGGAAAUACUGGUUCGAAUAUUGGUUCCGGUGGUUCGGGUACUGGUGAUGAAACAGCUUGGGCAAGGAACAAUACUAGGCCAUGUGUUGAAAUGAUGGAACAGACGGAGUAUUGUAAUCAUCGUGGGUAUUGUGUUGAGGAUGGCACGAGUGCAUUCUGUCGUUGCUAUGAAGGGUUCCGAGGUUCCACCUGUCAGCAUAUUGAUGACACUAGUUCAGGAAUGAACUCUGACAGGGAUUCUAUUUACACUGGCUCUGGGACUGGCACGGGUAGCACAGGGGAAGAUACCAGAACCGACAGCUCUCAGACUGAUGAAAGUUCCGCCGGUAGCAAUACCCUGCCUCAGGUCGGCCCAGGAUCCAGCAACGUUGGUCAAGGGUCGGGUUCAAACACAUCCCAUAUCACGUCUAAACCAUGCGUCGCUCUUAUGCGAGAAACGAACAACUGCACAAAUCACCAAGGUUACUGCAUUGAAGAUAGGCACGGUGCACUGUGCUAUUGUCAUCACGGAUAUCAAGGUGUGGUCUGUGAUGCGCCAUCACAGGGUUAA